GGAAACUUGGUUUGCUACUCUGGUGCGUAACCCAAACAUCAAAGGCAAUCAUUGACAUUUGAAGCACCGGACGUCGAGACUUGAGUAACCUCAGUCAUCUGUACGAUGUCAUUGGAGGAAGACAGCGGUGUCGGUGUUCCGACCACAACUGUGAAGAAACGUAAAGUUCAGAGAGCCUGCGAUGUCUGUCGCCGUCGAAAAAAGUCCGUUUUGGGUGACGGAAGUCGGAUGUCAGGAAGCAGGUGCACAAACUGUUCAAUGAACGGUUUUGAGUGCACAUAUGUAGAGGCAGGAAAGAUGCGUCGGGUGUCCAAAGAGUAUGAGAUUUAUCUUCACAACUUACUCAACCUUACCUUCGGCAGAUACGUUGAGAGCCUUGAGAACAGAUUAGAGCAAAUGGAGAGGCUUUUCGCCAAGCUCUGUCCCGAUGUCGAUGUCGCCGAGCAGUUUCGCAAGGAAGCCGGGAACAAUGACGCUCGGGCUAGGAAUGAUGCAACGCAAUCGUCUUCAUCCUCCCCCACGUCGCAGACGUUAUACAGACCACCUGCUCUGGAGUUAGGGUACCAGACGCGGACACCUGAUGAUCUCCUGUCCAGUGACGAAGAGGUAGACAUGCUUGACCUCAAGCUAACGGAAAGUAUACGUAAAAUGGCGCUCGACCCGACCCGACAUCGCUUCUUUGGCAAAUCGAGCGGACUGAAGCUUAUCCAGCAGGCGCUGGACCUUAAGAAGGAGCACACUGGUGAUCAGGCAGAGAACAUGCUCAAUAUCUUUUAUCGCAAUGAGUCAAAGUUCAUCGAUACGCACCAGUGGAAGACUCAAGGCAAGAACGCCGUAUAUCUUUCCAGAGCCCGACCGUAGCCACAAGCUUAUCGAUCUGUACUUCACCAACAUCAACCUCAUCACACCCGUGCUUCACCGCCCGACAUUUGAGCGCAAGUACAACGAUGGCCUGCACCUUCGCGACUCAGCGUUUGGAGCCGUUGUCCUCCUGGUGUGCGCGGUUGCUUCGCCGGGAUGUGAUGAUCCUCGGGUGCUGCUUCCAGGGAUUGAUACGGAGCACUCGGCGGGGUGGCAAUAUUUUGAGCAGGUGCAGAUCGUGAAGAAGGCGCUGCUGGCGCCACCUUGUCCAGAGGAUGUACAGGUGUAUUGUCUGUCCACGAUUUAUGUGCAAGGGACGUCGACGCCUCAAGCUUGCUGGACAAUCGUCGGGAUUGGUAUCAGACUGGCCCAAGAUGUUGGUGCACAUAGGCGGAAGGUGUACAACCGUAAGCCGACAGUCGAGGAUGAACUAUGGAAACGAGCAUUGUGGAUUUGGUCACUCUCGACCGAGCAUUUAGCUCCGGCUCAGGCAGACCUUGUGCAAUACAAGACACUGAGUAAGCUUUGCACUGAACAUGGUUCCGUGCAUGAUGCUCACGUCUUUGUGCACAUUUUUGAUCUUGAUCUGCCUGUAAUCUGUGACGACGAGUACUGGGAGCAUCAAGAUCCAGAGCAAGCGUUCAAGCAGCCACCUGGCAAACCAUCUUACGUCGCAUAUUUUGUCACCGCUGUAAAGCUCAACCAGAUCUUGGCCUUGGCACUGCGGACCAUCUACUCUAUCAACAGGUCCAAGGUUAUGUUUGGCUUAACUGGACAUAAGUGGGGGCAGCAUGCCGUCGCCGAGCUUGACUCCGCGUUAAACAAGUGGAUUGACUCAGUUCCAGAUCAUUGUCAGUGGUCGCCGUUUCCAGCCUCAAUCAUUUACAUCGCUUUGGG